GCCAAGCCCACUGCUGACAUCGCCUGGUACAAGGACGACCAGGCUAUUCUCGGUGGAGCCAACAUGAAAAUUAGCAAGGUUGAACUAGAAGAAGGCAAGGGAUUCACCACAACCCUGUCCAUCGGCGAAACCUCAGCGGAGAACUUCGGAAGCUACUCCUGCAGAGCCGUGAACGUGAUUGGCAAGACUGAGCAGACCAUCGAAGUCAGGAUGAAGUCCGCCCCCCUGAUCGUGAAGCAGUCGCGCUCGGAGGUGCUCUACGACCUGGAGAAGACGAAGCUGCGCGACGCCCUCCCGGUGGUGGUCGAGUGCGAGGCCGAGGGCAACCCGACCCCCGAAUUCCGCUGGACCAAGGACGGGACGCAGCUGGUGUGGCAGGCCGACCCCCGCUUUGAGCUCGAGGAGGGCACCGGCAACCUGCUCAUCUCCGACCCGACCAUGGACGACAACGGCCUCUACCAGUGCUUCGCCUACAACGAGCUCGGUACCGCCGUCGGCGACCCCGUCUACCUCCUCAACACCACCAGGAUCGAGUUCUCCAACACCAAGGACGACACUGACCUGUACCCGGUCGAGGCCGAGCUCGGGCGCCCCUACAAGCUGUCGUGCCCCGAGGCCACCGCGUACCCGAAGCCCAGCCUGAAUUGGGUCAAGGCCAUCACCCGCGAGGCCCAGAUCGAGCUGGAGUUCGUGAGCGACGAGCGCAUCGUGGCUGACCCUGACGGCAGCCUGUGGUUCACGCACGUCACGGAGGACGACGCCACCGGCGACCAGUUCAAGUACAUGUGCCUCGGCUCCACGGAUUUCGAGCCUAACGACUACUCCAUCGCCUCCAUGAUCGAGCUCACCGUCGUCAAGCCGGCUGACGGGAACGUCAAUUCCGAGGAACAGUCCGUCAACGUCGAGUCCUUCAGGAUGUACACGUCGCCGGAGACCGUCACCUUCCAGGCCGAGCAGGAGAACACGCUUUGGUGCAUCUACGGCGGCGAGCCCGUCCCCUCUGUGGAGUGGCGCCGCGCCGACGGCAAGGACUUGGACAAGGAGCGGUUCGUGACGCGCAACUUCGGCCGCACGCUCGUCUUCAAGGACACCUUGCUCAGCGACGCCGGCGAGUACGAGUGCAGAGCCGGUAAUGGCGUCGGAGAUUUCAAAUCGACCAAAAUCCAAGUCGAUGUGGAGCUGAAGCCCACCUUCAGGAGCGAGCUGGCCUCCCAGACGGUGCGGGAGGGCGCCACCGUCACCUUCACGUGCGACGCAGAGGCCACCGGGGACGUCAUGUACAACUGGAUCUUCAAUGGCCGCGUCGUGUCCAAGGAUGGUCACCAUCGCCGCACGCUCACCGGGAAUAAGCUCACCAUCAACGACGUUUCCAUGGUUGACGUUGGCAACUAUGCCUGCAACGCCACUAGCGACACUGGCUAUGCUUACGGCCAGGCUGUCCUCAAUGUUAUCCCCGUGGACCGCAGCGCAGGCGGCGGCGGCGGCUCGUGCGGUGACGUCAGCGAACUGAAGAAGGAGAUCUCCGCCCUCCGCGAGACUGUGGGCACGAUGCACAGCCUGCUGAAGGAGCACUUCACCCUCUCGCAGCACAACCACGAGAAACUCCACAAGAUCGCCGAAAGCAUGAACGUCCCUGAGAUCAUCCAGCACGACAUGACACAGCAGGAGGAAAUGCCAAAGGGCGAGGCCGUGGAGAAGGCUGAGGAGGAGAUGACGACAGAGUUAUCCGCCAGCGCUUGAACGGCCGCGGGAAGCGACGGCCAGUUCUGAAACUUUUUUUUUCAAUAUUUGUAUGUAUGUGUGUGACACCUGUAGGCAGGUCGGUUAUUUUGUCGUUUGUGUGAGCUUUUUUGUGGAUUGGCAAACAAGAUAACUGUCUUUUUGUUAUAUAUAUGCAUAUACAUUUAGGGAACACUUUUUACUAUGUCAAAUAGAUUAUUUGAUAAAUUGUGGUCCGCGAAAAUAUAUAUACCGGUGGCCCUCAUGAGAUUGGCUCUGACGCUUUGCAUGGCCAGAGUGCAGUCGCUCAGCCACAGUUAGUAGUUGUAACUUAGGGCAUUCUGUGCAAUACAUUUAUUGUCAUGUUCCAAAUACAUUUUAAGAGGUACA